GAUUCAAAAAUAAAGAUUGUGACAAAACACAAACAAGUAAUUUUGACAAAACACGAUAUGCAAAAAGGUAUAAACCCUAAACUAUACCAUAUUAUGACUUUUUCAAAGAAUAUAUUUCAUUGUAAAAAAAACCAAUAAAAAUCCCAUCUUGAUAUUAAAAAAAAAAAAAAUUCUAAAUUGUAAAGAGUGCAUUUCAAGCUACCAACAAUGGUAGUAAACGAAAAGACUAAAAUAGCCUGUAGUACGGUCCAAUUUUAGGAGAGUUCAUCCAUGUCGACCUCCAUCCAAGCCGUCCACAUCAUCUUCAAUGAAAACCGCAAUAAAAUUUAACGGCCAAAAUGCAUUCCGAAAUCUCUUAUGAGAAGACCAUUUUCGUCUCUGGAAUAAAAGCUUAGCCUUUUCAAAUACUAAUUUAUUUCCCUCGGCUCUUUUUUCUUUCUCCUGAAAAACCAGACACGAAAAUGGAGUCACAAACCGACGUUUCGGGUUCAACCUCACUACUGGACCAGUCCGUUCAAUGCCUGUCCCGACGAGAUUUCUUGGGCUGCCGGAGUUACGCUGUUAAAGCCCAAGAGUCUGACCCAAACAUCGGAGCCGACGCUUGCCAAGUUAUCGCCGUCGCUGAUGUUCUCCACGCGUCGGAGCGUCUCAAGAACAACCGCCUUGACUACUACUCCAUACUCCAAACCAAUCGGACCGUGUCAAAUGAUCGCAAAGCCCUUUGGGAUCAGUUUGUGAAGCUCAUGAUUCUCGUGAACCCCAAGAAGAACCAGUUCGCGCAUUCCAUGGAGGCCUACAAGCUUCUUCGCGAAGCCUGGAUGUUGUUAUCGGACCCGGAGAAGAAGGCCCAGUACGAUAUUGAGGUUGGAGACGUGCCGGAAGUACCAGAACAGGGUGGAGUUCCGGAUCAUGGAAAUGGGUCCGGAGAGAAGAGUGAGACUUUCUGGACUGUGUGUCCUUUCUGUUACUGCAUGUUCGAGUUCGAGAAGGUGUACGAAGGUUGUUGCCUGAGAUGUCAGACUUGCCGAAGAGGGUUUCAUGGGGUGGCGAUCAGCCCUCCGUCGACGGAUAUUAUGGUUCCGGGGGAUGACAAGUACUAUUUCUGUUAUGGGGUUUCUUCAGUAGACUAUUCGGAGGAAAAAAACAAGGCUAACGUAAACAACUUCAAGAAAAGAAAAUGUUGUUUAGAUGAUCAUGGGGUAAUGGAGAUUUCAGAUGAUGAUGUAGGUUUGGGUUCUUUAAAUGAUGACUCUAGGCGUAGUGGAAACGAGGGCAAGAGUAAUGAUUCUUCUUCCAUGGAUUUCAAAAAUGGUGGUGACCAAGAUUUCGUUGAUGGGUUUUGGGAAGAGGUUUUGGAACCUGAAAAGUUGGGAAUGCAUGAAAAUGAGAGUGGGACAACAGAGGUGGGUGUUGGUGAGAAAUUGCCAAAGAAGAUGGUCAAAGCUCCGGCGAGGAGGAUGAAGAAUGUCAAAUCUGUGGCCUUGAAAACGAAGAAGAUAGCGGGGAAUCGGAUGAGAAGAGUUCAAACAAGCAAGUUGGUGGGUGAUGGUGACAUUGCCAUGGGAGUGGCAAGUUCAGAGGUCAAUGUGGAUAAGGGGAAAGGAAUAAUGAAUGGAGAAGAUGAAAAUGAGCCUAGUCCAUGGCAUGAAGAUGCUCAUACUGGGCUGGCGUUUACUAAUGGAGAAGAUGAUGUUUUUGAUGGCUUGUUAUUUGAUUGGUAAGAAUGGUAUGGUAAGGUUGUUUUUUGAUUGAAAAAGAAUGUGAUCUUCUCUGA